CAGUUUUAGGUGGUUCACUGUGUCCUUCCGAACUGGCCAAGCAAAUCAUGGACAGGAUGAAGUUACAAGAACUUGUUAUUGCAUAUGGGACAACAGAGAACAGUCCUGUCACAUUUCAGGGAUUUCCACAAGAUGAUAUAAAACGGAAAACAGAGACAGUUGGAUACAUCUCCCCUCAUGCUGAGGCUAAAGUUGUGGAUCCCCAAACUGAGGAAAUCCUUCCUGUGAACACGGCAGGGGAACUGUGGAUCCGCGGCUAUUCCGUCAUGUUGGGAUACUGGAAUGACCAGGAAAAGACAAAGGAAGUUAUCACCCCGGAGGGCUGGUAUAAAACAGGUGAUAUUGGCAUGCUUGAUCCAUAUGGAUACUGCAAGAUCAUGGGCAGAAUUAAAGACAUGAUCAUCCGUGGAGGAGAGAACAUUUACCCUGUGGAGAUAGAGGCAUUCUUCCACAAGCAUCCCAAAGUAACUGAGGUGCAGGUGAUUGGAGUUCAUGAUGACAAGAUGGGAGAAGAGGUCUGUGCCUGUGUGAAACUGCAUGAUGGAACGGAGUGCACCACUGAGGAGCUCAAGGCCUACUGCAAAGGGCAGAUCGCCCACUUCAAAAUCCCACGAUACAUCGUGUUUGUGAAGGAUUUCCCUCUGACAACCACUGGAAAGGUUCUAAAAGGUAAACUGAGGGAGAACAUUGAACGGGAGCUGAAGUUGCGUCCCGAGUGACAAAGCCCACAGAGGGGGUCAGCAAGGGGUUCCUAUCAUCAUCUGCCCAAGCAGGAGAACUGUCCCCCCGAUGUUACCAAGGAAUGUGGGGUUCAGCCUUCCCCACCACGAACUCAGAAACAUGAAGUAUAAGGAGCCAGUCAGCCCCUUGGCCUAUUCUGACAUUCAAUUAGACUAUGCCCGAUUUGCAUCUUAAUAACAUUCAGCUUCUUAAUCAUUUGUACCUUUCACAAACAAAAACCUGGUGACCUGAGUAGAGAAACCUACUCCUAACAAAAAAAAUCCCCUUCCACGGCAGUUCUGUGAGUGAGAAAUUCUCAACUUUCCUCUGCCUUUGUGUGGAAAAGUUUCUGUCCUGAAUCGCCUUGUUGUAAUUGCAAGUUAUAUCUUCACCCUGACUCACUCACGACAGGAAAUAAUUUCUCUGCAACUAUACUCUCAAUCUUAGCUUAGAUCCCCUAGAGUCUUCUGUGCAAUUUGUCCCUGCAGUUGAACUGAUUAGCUCAGACAUCAUUCUGGCAAAACCCCUCGACCUCUAUACUCCUUAUUUGUAGAGAACAUUGCCCCCUUUUGGAGCUGGGCUUGUUGCAGACGGUCCAAUUACCCAUAUUAACAGGGCAAGUACAUUUUAGAAUUACCAGGGAAAAAACUGGGAUACAAAGUCCACAUCUCUGAAUGGGUGUAUAGGAUUUCCUACAUUGUCAAGAGAAGCUGGAAUUCUGAUCCACAAAUGAGAGCGGGAUUGACUGAGUACAACCAACAUGCCCUAAGCAUAUGAUGCCUUCCUUUGAAAAAUCUAAUAGCCCUGUUCCUGGAACCGCAGCUGGAAUCUUUCCAUAGAUGUUCUGCUGACUACUCCUAUACAGAGGCUGAUCUAAUCUACUUAAUGUACCCCAUCCAAUUAUAAAUUUGAUGAUCUAUAAUUGCAAUAUGAUGAACUCUGAUCUGCCACUUCUCUCAGCAAGGACUUACCCAAUCCAUUAAUGAAUUGCACAUCUUACACCAUUUUAACAUGAAUUCAAAGAUCAUUUCUGGCCCAUGACACCAAUCUCUCACUGUAUAACUUAUCAUGGACUCUACCCCAUGACAAGUCUACGAUGUGUGAGGCUCAGAUUGGAUUGGGUUUCAAAAAAUGCUUUUCCUUCACCGUAGAUCAAGUUAGGAAAAAAAUGUCAGUGUGGGUUGUUGAGUCAAGUAUUGACAUGGGCAUCAAGCCACAACCUUCAGAUUUGACAACUAGGCAUAAUGGAGAUCAGAAAGGUAGGCAUUACCUCAUUUUAAUUCUCUACCCAUUUCACCAGCCAGUCAGUUUUAACUUUUAAAAAUUUUGUACACUCACAUACUGAG